AUGACAGGUAUGAAUACAAAAUCAGCAACAGCACCUGCCAUGCAGCGUCUCGCAGUCCCAGAAGACAUGGACGCCAUUACACGGCUCCUCUGUGGCAAUCCCGACGACGGCACCCUCUGGCAGUGGCCAUCCUUGGCAGAUGACUGGUACUGGCUAUACUGCGGCAUGAUCCAGUGGCUCUCGACGUGCUUCCUCGACGAAACCAGAAUGAUCCGCGUAGCCGUGCUCCCCGCUGAGAAUGGAGAGGAUGCGGAACAAAUUGUCGGUAUGAGUAUCUGGCUCAAGCGAACUGCGCAGCAAGACGGUACUAUUGUCGCUGAGCCGUGGGCCAAACCAUCCAGCGAGCAAGGUAGGCACAUCUCCUCCUCAUCCAUUUACUGUACUAACACAGCACAGCCAUCCACGACGUACUAG